AUGGGCAAAGGUAAAACGGAUACAGAACCUAUUUGUCCAAGUGAACAAAAUGAUGUCGGAGACAAAUCUCUAAACGAUAAAGAAAAUUAUAUUGAAAAGGAGAAAACGUCACAAGCUAAUCCAGUCAUAAAGGUGCGGAAGGAUAUAGCAAAAGACGACGAGGUAUUGGAGGAUGAGAAUACAAAUGAUAGCCAUACCAGCAGUACAAAUUCAAAUACCAAUAAAUCAUCCACCUCCAGUACCUCAGCGAACAAAAAAGAUAAUAGCAGCAGCAUCAGCACAAACGACGACAACAACAUAAAGUCGUCGACGGAAGCAAAGGAUUCCACGACGGCAACAGAUUCUAAAGAAACACAAUUUCGCAUAGCCUCCAAUAAUACAACAGAAUUUAAAUUACGCAUUGUACCUCUAGAAAAAUUGCUUGAAAGGCCUCCUGCUCCGACUACAAAUUCCUCAACGGCUAGCAAAAAACCAUCGACAGAAAACGUUUCUUCAAACAAAACCAAAAGGGAUAAGAGAAACGAUUUAGCCAAGGAAACAAGUAGACGUCUACCACAAAGAAGAUCUAAACCCAUAUCAUUUAUAGAACUAUCCGACACAGAAGAAGACGAAGAAUUGAUAAUUUCCUCCUCCUCCGACGAGGAAUCAAAGAAAAAUAAAAAGGUAACAAAAACAGAGGCUUCAAAAAAGAAAACUGCAAAAAAUACCUCAGAUUCUGAAGAAGAGGAUAAAAAAGAUUCGGAAAAAGAGGUCACGAAUCGCACAAGAAAAACUAAAACUAAAUCGAAUAAAAAAUCCAAAAAAUCAUCAUCCUCGGAAUCUGAGAAAGAGAGCAAAUCCUCAGAGGAGGAAGAAGUAGAAAAAAGAAGGGAUUCAGAGGAGCGUUUAAAAUCGAAAAAGGAUUUGUCAUCCAACGAUAAAACGAAAGCAGAGAAUAGCGAAAAAGACGCGAAGUCAUCCAAAGAUAAUUCAGAAGCGCAGGAAGACAACAAGGAAUCGACAAAUAAAGCCAAAAGAAAACGUUCACCAGAAUCAGCGGCAGUUGUUGUCGAAGCCAAACGAAAAGCCUUAGAGAAAAAGAAACAUUCUGAUACCGAAGACGACGACGACGUAGAAGACAAACCUCUCAAAAAAACCGCCGCAACCAAUAAGAAGACAAGUAAAAAGGGAAAAUCAAAACAAACCGCUCCUGCACCACCCCCAUCUCCCUCUUCGGUUAGGCGUUGUGUGGUCCGCUUAAAACGCAGCAAGCUUUCCGAUUUUAAAGAUCUUAACAAAAGUAAAUCGAAGCGUAAAAUGAAUGGUGGUGCAUCUCGCUCCGAAAGACCCUCAACAUCAUCUGCCCGCCGAAGAAAUAUCAUAUCAGACGAAGAUUCUGAUGUUAGUUACAAACGAUCUGGAAAUAUUGAUGAACGUCUUGCCGAUCACGAUUACGAUGGCCAUGACUUAGACGAAGACGAGGAGGAUAAUGAUAGCCAAAAAAGUAGUGAUAGCGAAGUUAUACCAACACGCAAGCGGCGUGUUUUCCAAAAGAACAAAAACGAUGAGUCAAAUGCCUCAGAUUCGGACUUUGAGCCGAAGCCUAAAGAUAAGAAGAAAAAACGGCGUAUACAACGUAAUUCAAGCGGUGAUUCGGAUGAUGAUGAAGAUGGCAAAAAGAAGAAUGUCAAACGUAAGGAUAUUCGUAAAAUUAUCAAGAGUGAUGAUUUAAAUUUGAGCACAAAAGAAGCGGCCAAGGAGGAAGAAGAGCGUCGCAAACGUAUCGAAGAGCGUCAAAAGCUUUAUAACAAAAUCUAUGUGAAGCCUGAAAGUACUGAGGUCACAGAGCUUGUGCUGGAUUUCGAUACGGAGACGAAGAAGGCAAUUCUUGAGGUAGAUAAGGGGCUGGUGAAGAAGCUGAAACCACAUCAAGUGACGGGAGUUAAAUUCAUGUGGGAUGCCUGCUUUGAAACGGUGAAAGAUGCUCAAGAGAAACCAGGUUCUGGGUGUAUUUUGGCCCAUUGCAUGGGUCUGGGUAAAACUAUGCAGAUUUGUACCCUCUCACACACACUGCUGGCCAAUUCGAACAAGACUAAUGUUGAAAGGGUUUUGAUUAUUUCACCACUCAGUACCCUGAAUAACUGGGCUAGGGAAUUUAAACAAUGGAUUGGUUUCACCAAAAAACGCAACAUUGAAAUAUACGAUAUGUCAAAAUAUAAAGACAAAGCAACCCGGAUUUUCAAACUAAAUGAAUGGUUUGAGGAGGGUGGCGUUUGUAUCAUGGGCUAUGAUAUGUACCGUAUAUUAUCGAAUGAAAAGGCCAAAGGAUUGCGUAAAAAACAGCGGGAACAACUACUGCAAUCCCUGGUUGACCCCGGCCCAGAUAUGGUUGUUUGCGACGAGGGACAUUUGUUGAAAAAUGAAAAGACUUCGAUCAGUAAGGCCGUGACACGUAUGCGCACAAAGAGACGUAUUGUUUUGACCGGUACACCUUUGCAAAAUAAUCUCAAAGAGUAUUAUUGCAUGAUACAGUUCAUCAAACCAAAUCUUCUGGGUACAUACAAGGAAUAUCUUAAUCGUUUUGUAAAUCCCAUUACAAAUGGACAAUAUACCGAUUCAACAGAUCGUGAUAUCCGUCUAAUGAAACAUCGUUCGCAUAUCUUACACAAACUGUUGGAGGGUUGUAUUCAACGACGUGAUUAUUCGGUGCUGGCGCCGUAUUUGCCACCAAAACAUGAAUACGUGGUCUAUACCACACUCUCAGAUCUACAACAAUUGCUGUACGAACAUUAUAUGGUACAUCAGCGUGAUCUAAGCUCAAAUGUCGAGGGGAAAGGCGCUAAGCUGUUUCAAGACUUUCAAGAGUUACGUCGCAUAUGGACACAUCCGAUGAAUAUGCGCAUCAACAGUGAUUCGGUGAUACGUAAACGAGUGUUGGCCGAUGAAAAUGAGUCUAUUGAAGAUUUUAUAUGUGACGAUGAUAACGAAGAGGAAGCAGCAUCUUCGUCGGAUAGUUCAGAUGAAAAUUCGAUUAAAUCAUUUGGUAGUGGUGGUGCUCCAGCAGCAGGGGCGGCAUCGGGAAAAGUUCCCAAAACUCGUAAUAAUCGUCGUCUUGCCAAAGAAGCCGGUGAGGAUGUUGAUAGUGAUAUUGAAGAGGUGCCACCGCCACCCCAAGAUGAUCCAUCGGAAUGGUGGAAACGUUUUGUUGCCGACAAAGAACUAAAUAAUAUAAAUCAUUCCCCUAAAUUGGUAAUACUGAUGCGUCUAUUGGAACAGUGUGAAGCUAUUGGUGAUAAACUAUUGGUAUUUUCACAAUCUCUACAAAGUUUGGAUACCAUCGAACAUUUUUUGUCAUUGAUCGAUAGUAAAACAAGAGGUUAUGAAUAUGAGGGUGACGUUGGCGAAUUUCGUGGCUUUUGGACACCUGGCACCGACUAUUUCCGUUUGGAUGGUUCAUGUUCGGUGGAACAUCGUGAGGCAAUGUGUAAGAAAUUUAACGAUAAUACCAAUUUACGGGCACGCCUAUUUCUCAUUUCAACGCGAGCCGGUGGUCUGGGUAUCAAUUUGGUAUCCGCCAAUCGUGUUGUCAUUUUCGAUGUUUCGUGGAAUCCGUCACACGAUACCCAAAGUAUUUUCCGUGUUUAUCGUUUCGGGCAAGAGAAACCUUGUUAUAUUUAUCGUCUGAUUGCAAUGGGUACCAUGGAACAAAAACUCUACGAACGUCAGGUGGCAAAACAGGCCACAGCUAAACGUGUCAUUGACGAACAACAAAUAUCACGUCACUAUAAUCAAUCGGAUCUGCAGGAACUCUAUACAUACGAAUUGAAACCAAGUACAGCUCGAGAAAUACCAAUAUUGCCUAAAGAUCGUCUAUUUGCCGAAUUGUUGACACAACAUGAAAGUCUAUUAUUCAAAUACCAUGAACAUGAUUCGCUGUUGGAAAAUGAGGAAAGUGAGAAUCUAAGUGCCGACGAACGAAAAGCGGCCUGGUCAGAAUACGAGGCCGAAAAGACACGUACCAUACAAACGGCCCAAUAUAUGUCAUACGAUCGUACAGCCUAUGGUCAAUUUGGUAAUAGUUCGGGCAGUGUUACAUCGAAUAAAAUCUUCGGCUUUCGUUCUGAUGUUCUGUUGCAGUUACUCAAUUUGAAAAUAGCCAAGGAUCAUCCGGAGAUGACACAAAAUCAAGUAAUACAGGUAGUACCGACAUACUUGAAUCUGCUCUAUAGUCAAAUGAAUAAUGGUGAUCCAACAAUGUAUAAGGAUUUGUUGGCAAUUCAUGCAACACUGGUUCAUCCCAGUGGUAUGUAUAUGAAUCCAUUGUUGUAUGUUAAUCAAAAUCCAUCGGCAGCGGGUUAUUAUCAAGCGGGAGCAGCUAAUGGUGGUGGUGCUGCAGCGGCUGGAGCACCGGCGGCGGGUGGUCCUCCUGCUGCUGCUGGUGGUGCCGCACCAGCAACCACACCAGCUGUUGGUUUUGAUCCAAAUGAAGUUUAUGAAAUUGAUUAA